AUGGAAUUCUGCGAAAAGAAAGGAUAUAAGCCAGAAGUCGACAUCAGCUAUGUCGAUAAUAAGGGCAGAGAGCUCGAGUCGAAGGACGCCUUCCGGCAGCUCUCGUGGAAAUUCCACGGCAAAAUGCCGGGCAAGAAGCGCAGGAGAAGCGUGCUCGACAAAUCGAUCAGAAGGAGCUGCUCAAGAACUAUCAAAGCAGUUCGGAUACUCCUCGGAACAUUGGCCCGCCAGAGGAAGAAGCAGGAACAACUCCAGACGCCCUAUCUCGUCCUUUCCGGCAAUGUCAAUCAUGCCCACUUCAAGAAGGAA